UUUCACGAUGGCUGCAUCGUCUCAACUUCAUUUUAAGGAUGAACUUGUCUGUGCCAUCUGUUUGAAGUUGCUCACAGAUCCUAUUACAAUUCCCUGUGGUCAUAAUAUCUGCAUGGAAUGCAUAUCGAUUUACUUGGAUACAGAAGAGUAUGUGAAGGCAUACAGCUGCCCAAAAUGCCGUGGGAGGUCUGAUCAAAUGACUCCGCUUUGUAAGGACGGUGUUCUCUGUGAAGUCGUGGAAAAAGCUCCCAAAAAUGUGGAGGUAUCUGCUGCAAAAUCACGCUUUGAUCCAAAUGAUGCUGUGUGUGAUUUUUGUACUGGCAAAAAGGUGAAAGCUACUGUGUCCUGUUUGGAUUGCAUGGCAUCAUUCUGCAAAACCCACAUCGGGAGCCAUCAAGCAAAAGCAGCGCUGAGGCUUCACAAGCUGGUCAGUCCCAUCAAAAUUACAGAGAAUGGGAAAUGCCAGAGACACAAAAGACCACUGGAUCUGUUCUGCAGUACAGAUGGAACUUUCAUCUGUUGCAUUUGUAUAGUCCAAGAACAUGAGAACCACACAGUCGUGACUAUAGAGGAGGAGAGAGAGAACGAGCAGAGAAAACUAGUCAAUAAAGUUAAAUCAUUGGAAGAACAUGCAAAAUGGACCAAAAGAGAGACUGAAGACCUAAGAAAACAAACCAGAUCAAUUCAACGUACUGCAUUUAUUUUGCAAGAAGAUACCACUGCAAAGUUCAAUGAACUGGUUCAAGAUAUAGAGGAAGCAAAAUUGAGGGUGGUUGAAUUCAUAAAGAAAGAAGAGCAAAUAGCACUGUCCAAGACUGAAGAAGCUAUAGCCGAGAAACACAAUAAGUAUACUGAGUUGGGGAGAGAGAAAUGUGUGAUGGAAGAGCUUUCAAAAACAGUUGAUAAUAUUAAAUUUCUGCAAGAGUCCAAAGCUUUAAGCAAUAACUGUGGAGAAUCCUCAUCCAAGGAGAAAUGUGAGUUAAACAUUAGUUUACUGGGUUUAGACCAGGUUGUAAAGAACCUGAAGGAGCAUUUGGUGAGUAAAUGCGAUCAGCUGAUGGGCAGUCUGACCACUGACGUGGCUGGUCUGAGGCACUAUAGGCCAAAUGCUUCGGAACCUCGGAACCGGAAUGAGCUUCGGGUGUUCUCCCGUCGACUGACCUUCGACUCAAAGACGGCACACAAGUGCCUCUUCCUGACAAAAGGGAACUGCAAAGUGACAAACAUCUGGCCUGAUGAGGUUUAUUAUGUUGAUCACACCGAGCGAUUUGACUCUUGCUGGCAACUGCUGUGUGCAGAAGAAUUGGGCAAAGGUAUUCACUACUGGGAAGUUGAAACAAGUGAAGGCUGCUGUGUAGGUGUGACAUAUAAAUGUAUAGCAAGGAAGGGAUCGGACAAUUCUUGUUUCAUUGGGAGGAAUAAGCACUCAUGGGGUAUACAGCUAUUCAAGAGUCAUAGUUCAGCAUGGUAUAAUAAUAUAGAAGUUAAAACAAAAUCAGAGAAAUGUGAACAAAUCGGUGUGUAUCUAAACUAUCCUAAUGGAAUCCUUGCCUUUUAUGCUGUCUCUGAAAUGGGCAUUACAUUAUUAUACAGGUUCCAGGCUGUAUUUACUGAGCCUCUGUACCCUGGCUUUCGAAUAACUAAGAGCCAGUCGUUUUGUUGUAUUUCUGAUUGAAAUGGGCAUUGUGCAAUUUACCAAAGCUAGUACCAUGAAAAUGAUAUCUCGGAAUUGUUAUAACUAAAAAGGAAGAUUCACCAAUUAAAAUAGAUAUCGGCAAAUCAUUGACAUGUUUACAGAAGGCUGUUGGUGAAGUAGAUGAGAAUUGUAUUUCUAAGGUACAAAUUGUGUAUUUGAAAAUAUCUAUAAAUGUAUCGAGAACUACCCCAUGCCCGAAAAUUACUUGGGAAACUAAUUGAAUAUUUUCUAUGAAAGGGAGCCAGACUGUUGUGUUACAAUGUCUACCAGAGGCUAAAUCUGUGAUAUAACAGAUGUUAACUUGACGCAGUGUGAAUUUUAAGUGCUCUUCUCUUUGAACAUAUUGAGAACAAAAUUAGACAGUGUUGGAAAUAUGGACUAAUGCUGUCAUAUGUGAUUAGUCCAAAUGCAUGUCUUCUGAGUCCUGAUGCAGGGUUUUGACCAGGAACGAAGACAACUCCUUCCCCCCCCACAGAUGCAGCUCAACCUACUGAGUUCCCUCAGCAGAUUGUUUGGUCAAACUCGUCUCAUACAGGGACAUUCAAAAUGCAUCUUGCAAACUCAUUAUCAUUAUUUUUCUUUUGUGACCAGUCAGUACCAGCUGUGCUGUUUCUGCCAUUAGCGACCAUCUGUGAGCACAGGCUUGUGAGUGGUCAGCACAAGAUAAAGCCAUCUGGCUCCAGGGAACAAUUUCUGCAUCUCUUGGAGCAACCUGCUUGCAACCAGUGGUAGACGUCAUGAGAAAUAUUUUAUGAAGCCUAGUGAAAGCUUCUAGAGAUGGAAUGAUGGAGGACCCUGCUUCUGUAGGCCUUUGUUGAUGAGGUGGAGAGAAAGGGAACUUCCUCUCCUUACCCAGGAACUCCCAUAGAUAGACACUUCAGCAGCUAAGGGAGGAUAUUGUACCAGAUGCAUCUGACCUGUUGCUCUGCUCCAGGACUCACCAUUGAUUCUUGGGCUUUAUUCACGUCACUGAACUGGAUACACUGUGUAUUUGUCCCUCAAUUUUAUCUCUGUGAAAACUGGUGGUUCCAGUGUGAACCCCCCCCCCCCCUUCUUUUGAGUAGGCCACUGGCCAUUUAAAAAGGAAAUUUAUAUGUGAUAAUUGAUUGUUUUGUUUAUAAAUUCAU